AUGGACAAUUCUCAGUGGUCGAAUCCUCCUUGUAAUGGAACACUUCCUCCUGGUUCCAUGGGCUUUCCGCUCAUCGGAGAAACUGUUCAGUUCUUUAUUCCGAGCAAGUCUCUUGAUAUACCUAUUUUCGUGAAGAGCAGAAUCAAUAAGUAUGGGCCAAUAUUCAAAACAAGCUUGGCGGGACGAUCCGUAGUUGUGUCAUCAGAUGCUGAUUUUAAUCAUUUUAUUCUCCAACAAGAAGGGAAAUUGGUAGAAUUAUGGUAUUUGGAUUCUUUGGCUGAGCUUGUUGGCCAAAAUGGUUCGUUUAAAGACGGUAUUAAUUUUGGAUAUAUAUAUAAGACUUUCAAGAAAGUAAUUACUGAAAAUUUUGGUCCUGAAAGACUUAAAGAAAACCUUCUCCCUGAAUUAGAAGAUAUGGUUAACAAAUCCUUGGAAGCAUGGUCAAAGCAUGAAUCUGUCGAGUUAAAACAUGCAUGUACCAGGAUGAUAUUAGAUUUCACUUCAAAAUUGCUAUUUAGUUAUGAUAUUGAGAAAAAUGGGGACAGUCUAAGCAACACAUUUGCAAGCUUUGCAAAAGGUUUAUUUUCUUUUCCUUUAAAUAUUCCAGGAACCACCUUCCACGAGUGUAUGCAGAAUCAGAAAAAUAUAUUGAAGAUAAUAAAGAAUGCAGUGGUGGAACGACAAGCUUAUCCUGAAACAAGUAAAGGGGAUUUACUUGAUAAUCUGAUACAACAAAUGAAAGCUGAUAAUGUAUUUACAGAUGAUCUUAUUAGUUACCUUAUCUUUGUACUUCUACUUGCUACCUCUGAGACAGUUCCGACAACUUUAACUUUGGCCAUUAGGCUAUUAUCUGAACAUCCUCUAGUCAUGCAAGAAUUAUUGAAAGAAAGUGAAGAGAUUAUCCAAAGCAGAGAAAAUAAAGAAAGUGCAGGUUUAACAUGGAAGGAAUAUAAAUCCAUGACUUUUACAAUGCAUGUUAUCAAUGAAGCACUUCGGCUGAGCGGUUCCAUAGGAAUGUUAAGGAGAACAAUGGUAGAUAUCUACAUAAACGGAUAUACCAUUCCAAAGGGCUGGACGAUCAUGAUUGUUCCUGCUUCUGUUCAUAUGAACCCGGAUACUUAUAAAGAUCCUACUGCUUUCAAUCCAUGGCGAUGGAAGGAACUGGGAUCGGAUGUUCUUGCCAAAAAGUUUAUCCCAUUUGGUAGGGGAAUGAGACCAUGCGGCGGAGCGGAAUUCAGUAAAGUACUGCUUGCAGUGUUUCUCCAUGUUUUCGUUACUAAAUACAGGUGUAGCAAUGUGAAGACAGGAGAAAUUGUUAGAACUCCCAUGUUAAAAUUUGGAAAUGGACAUUACAUUAAUGUGUCAAAGAAGCAAGAAAUGCUGUCGGUGAAUCAAGAAAGUCAAAUGUAAAUUAUGCAAUGAAAAAACUCAAUAAAUGUGUAAUUAAAUUAUCAUGUGUCAGUGUCAUUUGAGUCGGACUAUUGUUAAUGUUGGAAUGGCUGCUGGAUUUAAAAUUGUAGUAAUUUCCAUGAGCAGCACUAAUUACUUAAUUCUGUUUGAUCUCCUUAUGAAUUGUUGCAAGCAAAAGAAUCUUAUUGUUCUGCUAUUGAAAGUAA